GUUUGGCUACCAUCGUCGCUUUGUGCUGUUCGGAUAAUUUUCGAAUACUUCUCGUUCGCUCAGGUUGAGCUGUAGCCUAUCGAAUCCAAAAGACAGAUGGCGGCCAUGUCUUUGGUUUCUCCGCCCGCGCUCAAUGUGCAUCUCGAACCCGUCACCUCAGAAACUCCUGCAAGCGCUAUCACCCGCGUAGGCGCUUCUAGGACGGGGUCUUCACCAUCAGCGGCCAACAGAAACCCCGCUCUCUCGAUACUGGAUGCCUCCACCGCGGUGCUCAAACGUCCGGCACUAGGGGAGGACGUCCAACUCGGCAUGCUUUAUGACUACCGUACCUCACAAUUCUAUGCUGGAGUAUCGCUCUGGGAUAAUAGCGUUGUCAAUGCAGAGCAAAUUCUCCCAGAACAAAUGGUGCAGAAUGGCGAUUUCACCUAUUCCUUUUCGCUGGACGAAGCACGAAGUGAUGCCGCCCUCGACGCUGAGGGUGGGCUGGAUUUGGACCUCGGCAUGACGAAAGCAACCGGAGCAGCCAAAUACUUGAAUGAUGGAAAAUCUAGCACACACGAAGCCCGUAUCAAUGCCUCUUGCACCAUCGUCCGUAGGACUCGUCGUAUCCCGCAAGAGAUCCUGGCAUCGAUGCAACAUGAGGGAAGGUUAAACGACCCUCGGUAUACACACUACGUGGGAGAGGUGGUUGAAGGAGGAAGCGCUACACUCAGCUUCGUACAGACUUGUUCGUCUGACGAGAAUGCGAAAGAGGUGCUUGGUAGGCUAGAAGCAAAGAUCAUCCCACUUUCGGCGGCUGGGAAUAUCAAUACCAGCUUCAACGAAAAGAAGAAUUCCAUGCUGGAGGGAGUCAGGAUAUCUUACAGUGGAGCAAUAGCCGAGAGUGUUGCAUCUAUGGAAGACGCGCGUCGAAUCGCCCAGGAAAUGCCAACGAAGUUGAAACAACAGCUCAACACCCUGGAAUAUAAACUCUUCCCGCUACAAGUUCUUGACAGCGCUCUACGUCGAGAGAUUCGCGGUCUCGAUGCAGGUCUUGUGAGCAGAACAUCGGCGGCACUGAAGGCCAGCGCCCAGCGGCUCUUACAACUACAAGACCUUCGAGAACAAGACACGUAUCGAGCUGCAUUCCCUAUAAUCGGGGAGCAAAUUAUGAACAUCCACACAGUCUUCUCUAAUGCGGACACCCUGUUCAAACAAACGGCUCGGCGAAUUUUGCCACUACUGCGGAACCAGUCUUUAGAUUAUACGGCUCAUAGUUCCGAACUCCAAGCCGCUGUCGCUCUACUCGAACAGCGGACGAAGUUCACCGGGCAGUUCAUAGCAAAGAAAUACAAGGAGCUGCGCAUACUUCAAGAGCACAUUGCAUCUCUAGUAGCAGAUGGCUUCGAGAACCAUCUGAGUGGAAUGGCAGUACAAUCGCUAGCGGCUGGUCCGUCACCCAGGCUCCUCUUGUCAUUCGGUGGCACCUCAAUCAAUCGCGCCCAGCACUCACUACAAAAGAUCAUAGAGUCACCAGAUAUCCGUAACACCGACGAUGAUGAAUCUGGGUCUGACAGUGACACCGAAGACAAUGAGUGGUUUGCAAACCCUCAAACAGUCACCAAUCUGGAAAGCAAUUGCCUCAUGCUGCGUGUUCAGCGCUCUCGCUCUCCUGCGCCACCAGCAGUCACCUUCGGGAUCGCGAGUAUUGACAAAGCGUUUCGCCCUGGUAACGACAGACGCAGCAGGACAACCGUAGGCGACAUCAUUCUUGACUACAAAGGCAAAUUACACAUUGUCACAGGCCUUCUUCCGGGGGCUCCCAAGGUUGUGGAUCUCAGGAUUGAGGACCAGAUUGUCCAUGUGACAUGGGAAAGGAUUCGAAGUCAUGAGGAAGAUCUUGUCCUUCCCACAACUGGCUUUGUUGUUCGGUACCGGCCUCGUCCCAACCUUGCCAAGGACGGAGCAUUCCCGCACGCAAAGGGCAUUGAGGAAUUUGUCGAGCGAUUCAUUGCCUUCUCAUCCUGCAGUCUUGCUAUCGGUGGUCCAUCCGAAGCCAAGCUGUACGAUGACUGUGACUACGAAGUCGGGGUUUGCGUCGAGACCGAAAUCGGACGGUCAGCGUGGAGUGAUUCAAUCAUUGGUCGAACGAUUAAGCUGCCUUCCGUUGCUUCGCGAAUGAUCGAUUUCUAUAACCAACACCAAAGAAAUCUCAAGCGAUCUCAGGUUGGGGUAAGACCUUGGCAGUUGGAUUCGUCGGGAGCAAAGGGCUCUCUUUACUUGGGUCUCAAGACCCAAGCCGAGCGCGCAUGCACCGAUGCUCGCUUCAAAAACGAACUUGCCGUACGAAUUGUUGACGUUGCUCCGGAAUUCGAACCUGAGACUGAGCCCGCGUCGAUCCCCGAUCAAGACAACACUAUUGUGGUCAUAUUUGCUGGUUGUACUGGCCAUGGCAAAAGUACUGAGAUCAACGCUUUCAUCUCAUACUUGCUCGGUGGUGCAGUUGACGAUCAUGCUCGCAUCAUGGUCAUCGAUGAUAGGGGAGCUAACCAGGCGGGCGCUGUAACGCAAUUUGUUACUUGCUACCGCCUCCGGCCCCUUUCGUCUCUCUUCCAAGGCAAAACGCUCCUCAUCGUUGACACCCCUGGAUACGGCGACACAAGAGGAGUUGAGCGCGACACAUUCGUCACGGCUGCGAUGUCCAUGUUCUUUAAGACCAUCACGCAUGUCCACGCUAUAAUUUUUACCUGUCGAGCAAAUGAAACCCGUACCACGUUGCUCAGCCCCGUUUCAACGUAUAUUUUUUCGCUCUUUUCCAAGGACGUGCAGGGCUGCCUGCAAACAAUUUAUACUUAUAGCGACGCUGGAGUACCGCAAGCACGCACGGCACUUACCGAGCUCAAGUGGCCAGUGAAAAACGGCGAGGUCGAAGUGAACAACGCUGCGUUCACAGUUGACCUAGACACACAGAAUCCUGAAAAGGUGCGCGAUUGGUGGCUCAUGUCAGUAAAGGGACAGGACGAAAUCAUGCGAAUGCUCCUGGGCAAACGGCCGGUGUCGACUACUGGAAGCGCUGAUGUGACUAAGAAUCGCCUGGAUCUCGAAUAGAAAUGCGAAUUAGCCGAGCAAAAGAUACUCCAGACUGCAAAUCGCGCUCAAAUGCUCGUGGCUAGAUUGGAUGCACUUGCUGACGCGGUUGGAGCCGCCCCCGGCGAAAAGGUGGAGAUAAAAGUACCACGGGUGGUGCAGCACCAACUUCCCCCGAAACAGGCAACGACCUUCUGCGUCGACUGUAUAUUUACC